CUCGGCAGCGGCGGCGGCGGCGGCGGCGGCGGCGGCGGCAGCAGCUCCGGCUCGGGCGGCGCGCUCUGCGACCCGGUUCUGGAGCCCACUCGUCGCCCGCGGCCCGGCUCCGAGCCCCCGGCACGGCCCGCGACCCGGCCCCAGCGCCCGCCCGGCCGCCGGCCCCCAUGGAGCUGCUGGCCGCAGCCUUCAGUGCCGCCUGCGCCGUGGACCACGACAGCUCCACCUCGGAGAGCGAUGCACGCGACUCGGCGUCGGGACACCUGCCGGGCAGCGAGUCGUCCUCCACCCCGGGAAAUGGGGCCACACCCGAGGAGUGCCCGGCGCUCGCCGACAGCCCCACCACGCUCACCGAGGCCCUGCAGAUGAUCCACCCCAUUCCCGCCGACUCCUGGAGAAACCUCAUCGAACAAAUAGGGCUCCUGUAUCAGGAAUACCGAGAUAAAUCAACUCUCCAAGAAAUUGAAACCAGGAGGCAGCAGGAUGCAGAGAUACACGCCAAUGCCCACGGCUCCCCGGUCAGCGAGGAGACUCCGGAGGAGGAGGAGGAGGAGGAGGAGGAGGAGGAGGAGGAGGAGGAAGAGGAAGCAAGCCCACCUGAGAGGAAGGCUCUGCCCCAGAUCUGCCUGCUCAGUAACCCCCACUCGAGAUUUAACCUCUGGCAGGACCUCCCGGAGAUCCAGAGCAGCGGGGUGCUGGAAAUCCUCCAGCCUGAGGAGAUCAAACUGCAGGAGGCCAUGUUUGAGCUGGUCACUUCUGAGGCCUCCUACUACAAAAGCCUGAGCCUGCUCGUGUCUCACUUCAUGGAGAAUGAGCGUCUGAAGAAGAUCCUGCACCCGUCCGAGGCUCACAUCCUCUUCUCCAACGUCCUGGACGUCAUGGCCGUCAGUGAGCGGUUUCUCCUGGAGCUGGAGCGCCGGAUGGAGGAGAACAUUGUCAUCUCGGAUGUGUGCGACAUCGUGUACCAUUACGCGGCCAACCACUUCUCGGUGUACAUCACCUACGUCAGCAACCAGACCUACCAGGAGAGGACCUACAAACAGCUGCUCCAGGAGAAGGCAGCCUUUCGGGAGCUGAUUGCGCAGCUGGAGCUGGACCCCAAGUGCCGGGGGCUGCCCCUGUCUUCCUUCCUCAUCCUGCCUUUCCAGAGGAUCACGCGCCUCAAGCUGUUGGUCCAGAACAUUCUGAAAAGAGUGGAAGAAAGGUCUGAGCGUGAGUGCACUGCCUUGGAUGCCCACAAAGAACUGGAAAUGGUGGUAAAAGCGUGCAACGAGGGUGUCAGGAAGAUGAGCCGCACGGAGCAGAUGAUCAGCAUUCAGAAGAAGAUGGAGUUUAAGAUCAAGUCGGUGCCGAUCAUCUCCCACUCCCGCUGGCUGCUGAAGCAGGGUGAGCUGCAGCAGAUGUCAGGCCCCAAGACAUCCCGAACCCUGCGGACCAAGAAACUCUUCCGGGAAAUUUACCUCUUCCUUUUCAAUGACCUGCUGGUGAUCUGCCGGCAGAUCCCCGGAGACAAGUACCAAGUGUUUGACUCGGCCCCGCGGGGACUCCUCCGCGUGGAGGAGCUGGAGGACCAGGGCCAGACGCUGGCGAACGUGUUCAUCCUGCGGCUGCUGGAGAACGCAGACGACCGGGAGGCCACCUACAUGCUGAAAGCAUCUUCUCAGAGUGAGAUGAAGCGUUGGAUGACCUCACUGGCCCCCAACCGGAGAACCAAGUUUGUUUCCUUCACUUCCCGGCUGCUGGACUGCCCCCAGGUCCAGUGUGUGCACCCGUAUGUGGCCCAGCAGCCGGAUGAGCUGACACUGGACCUGGCCGACAUCCUGAACAUCCUGGAAAAGACCGAAGACGGGUGGAUCUUUGGCGAGCGUCUGCAUGACCAGGAGAGAGGCUGGUUCCCCAGCUCCAUGACUGAGGAGAUCUUGAAUCCCAAGAUCCGGUCCCAGAACCUCAAGGAAUGUUUCCGAGUCCACAAGAUGGACGACCCUCAGCGCAGCCAGAACAAGGAUCGCAGGAAGCUGGGCAGCCGAAAUCGGCAAUGACCCCCGGCCCGGGUCACCAGCCUGGCGGAAAGACGCGGGUGCGCAGGCCGGAGCAGCUCUGGGCAGGCAAACCCCGAGGAACGGUGGAGGGGCUCUGGGGGGAGGCAGGCGCCUCGUGCAGGAGCCACCCCCACCCCUCUCCCUGCCGCGUGCUGAGUGCUCAUGUGUCUUGGCCCCCUCGCUUGCAGACAACUGGAGAAAGGGUGCCUACGUCUUUCCUCUGCUGCAUUUAUAAACAAGAAAGGGUAUUUUAAACAGUAUUCUCCCACCUGUCCCUCUUGUCUCUUAGAGGGGGUGGAAGUGGACUGGCAUGCUCCAGGGGCCUUCCCAGGCACUGGAAGAGGCCCCAGACCCCGGGGUGUCCCUGGCCAAGGACAGGCUAGAAGGAUUGUCAUGACCCCCUGCACAUGUCCUUCUCUACCCUGGAAGCCAUUAGAAUCCACCAGGCGUGCAGAUGGACCGCCCUUGCCUGAGCUUGUUGAGCAGCCCUUGGUCUCCGAUUCAAAGGACCGAGAGACCAAAUGCCUCUGUCCUCCCCCCUCCCCAAGCCUCUGCCAGCCUCUGGCUGCACGGCCAGGCCCUGCUUCAUGGCAGGCCUACCAGAGCUUGGCCGAGGGCCCAUGCCACCUCUGGCUCCCUGACAAGCUGGAUGUAACUUGUGUCUUCUGGCCCCUUCAGGAGCCCAGGUGUUGUGAGGAAUGAAUUGGCCACUGCAUCCUGUAUCGGUUUUGGUUCCGAGAAAAGCAAAUAUCAUUUUUGGCUGCAUUAAAAGAAGCAUCAUAUAUAAAAUAA